ACUAGUUUACAUUAUAAAGUCAUUAAAAUGAGCUGUGUAUGUGUGUGUGUGUGUGUGUGUGUGUGCGCAGAAUGCACCACACUGUAGGAGGUAGCCUGCAGGCUGCGUUCAGCAGCAUUGAUGGCAGGAAGCAGAAAAAGUGCUGCAAAGCCAGUGCAAAAUGUGCUGCAUUCAGUGGUUCCUUGGAAAAUGCAACAUCUUCACCCAAAUAUGUAUGAUGGACAGUUUGACCGUUAAAAAAACAAAUGUAUAACUGAUUAUAACAACAUAAGUAAAACAUCUACAGGAAGGAAAGAGGCUGACAAUAAAUAAAAAUAUAAAACAAGACUAUCAGUUAAAAAUAACAAAAAUAAACAAAUGUAUAGCUGACACCUUCCCUGACUUUAUGGCAGUUUUGCAAAAAAAACUAAAAAAAGUUAUCGCUGCUAACUCUCAGAAAUACGACAGUUUAAGGGGAUCUUGAAGGCAUCACGGUUGAACGCAGCUCGUCACCGUUUAUUCAACACAACAGACACACACUGCCUCCCGGACGGAAGAGAAACACGAGCAGAGCUGCACAGCGAGGAUGACGAGCCUCCAGCUGAGUGCGCAGGAGGAGGCGGUGGAGAGGUUUCUGGACGCGGCGGCCCGAGGAGACCUGAUCCAGGUGUCCACGCUGCUGUCCCACGUCCCCUCGCUCAUCAACCGGUCGGGACACAGCGGCUGGACGGCGCUGAUGCUCGCCGCUCGCAAUGGACACUACGAUGUGGUGGAGGCGCUGCUGUCGCACGGCUGCGACAAGUUCUCCGUGAACAGCUCGUCGCAGAGCGCCUACGAUAUCGCCAAGUUCUGGGGCCACCGACACGUCUCCAACCUGCUGGGCCGGACGGACGACGGCUGCCAGCGUGUCCUGCCGGGCUCCGACCUCCACCAGCAGGAGAACUACUUCAGCAGGGAGACGCUGGACCGGCUGAGUGCCAAGAGGACCGACAAGGUCUGGCUGGAGGACAGACGGAGCGACCCGGACACGGUCUACCUCCUGUUCUCCAACCUCAGCCCCAUGGUCAGCGGCCCCCGGGAGGACGACAGCGCCGGGGCUGAGACCAAGCUGUGUCGGUUCAGAUACGAGGCAGUGAAAGACCUCCAGAAACCUGCCACUGUGCUCAUCUUCCUGGGAGUGGAGAAGAGGAAGAAACCCUCCUCUUCCUCCUCUCAGACAGCGGAUGGUGUCCAGGAGCCUCCCGCCUGGUUUGCCAUCAACACCGAUGAGGACGCUGCCGAACUUCUUAAACGCUGCCGAGAGAAGAACUGCUGCUUCCCGAAGAUGCCCAACAGAGACCUGCUGAAGCUCAGCGAGGAAGAGGCCGGAGUUGUGGCUCAGGCUCGGUCGGUGUUGGCCUGGCACAGCCGCUACAGCUUCUGUCCCACGUGUGGCAGCAGCACCGGGCUGGAGGAGGGAGGAUACAAGAGGAGCUGCCUGAACUCCGACUGCAGGAGCCUGAAGGGGGUCCACAACACCUGCUAUCCACGAGUCGACCCAGUGGUCAUCAUGCUGGUGAUCCACCCCGAUGGAAACCAGUGUCUACUGGGGAGGAAGAAGAUCUUUCCAGUCGGCAUGUUCUCCUGUCUGGCCGGAUUCAUAGAGCCUGGGGAGACGAUGGAGGAGGCGGUGAGGAGGGAGGUGGAGGAGGAGAGCGGGGUGAAGGUGGGGCCGGUGCAGUACGUCUCCUGCCAGCCGUGGCCGAUGCCCUCCAACCUCAUGAUCGGCUGCCUCGCUGUCGCCAUGUCGACCGGCAUCAAAGUGGACGAAGACGAGAUCGAGGAAGCUCGGUGGUUCUCACGGCAACAGGUCAUCGACUCGUUCAGAGGAACCCGUCCAGCCUUCACCGUUCCCCCCAGACAGACCAUCGCCCACCAGCUCAUCAGACACUGGAUCGGCAUGAACUCCAACCUCUGACCUGCAGCUCUCAACCUGCAGACGGUCACACGGGUCCUUUAAAGACAACCACAGCCAGCAGCAGAUGUCUGAACUGCUGCGAGUCGAGGGAAUCCCCGGUUCUUCAGAUGGUAGCCAACGCGGUGCUUUAAUGUGGUUUGUAUUCACUGUUACAGCCACAUGGUUGAGAUGCUGGCUGGUGUGUGGAGCGGUACGUAGUGCAGAUGUGACAACAACACACUCGUACUGGACUCCAGAUCUCAGGUUAGAACUUACACGUGGGAACUUGUAGUGUGACGAUUAAUCCCCCAAAAGGGACAAAUUUAAGAUAAAUUUAAAAGUUUAGGAAGAGAUGGAGAAAGUGCAGACGUUUAGGUUAUAACACCAGAUAAAUGCAGAAAGAUUGAAUCUGUAAAUUAGACAGAAACAGCAAUACUGUGAUAUUAAACAUCAGAAUCACAUCAAUCUCAAACUCCUCUGAAGCUUCAGGUCUCUUUGUCAAAUCAAAUAUCAUCUUCAUACAUUUAUUAAACGUAUCCACAAGAGAAGAAGAUUAACUGACUGAUAAUAAAAUCAAGUAGGAUUUUCCCUCGUCAAUAUCUGCCGUGAUGGAUGACGAUUAUUAGGUCAAAAUCGACAAAAUGGCCGACACUGGGCGCUGAUGAUUGAUGCACGACAAAUGUCUAUGAACUGGAAAUAUUAAAUUGCUUAAUAAAACUGA